UUCAACUCAACUCUUGAGUUUUUGCUCAAAAUUCAUGUUUUAAAUGUGAACAGUAUAAAAACUACAAAAGAACAAUGUAAUUUGACUCAACAACUCAAUAUAAAAACUCCAAUUUUUUAUAUCAUUAUUGUCCAUUAAUUCCCCCAUGUCAUAGCUAGCUAGAGUUAUUACUCAAUCAUUUAUAAACCCAUACACUUCUUCUCUUCAAUCACCGUCUACUUCUCCUCUAGCUAUAGUAUAGUUGUCAAAAAUGUCUAAGGUUCAUCCACAAGGAGACAUUGUUCUUUCUUCUUCAUUACCAUCAACUUGUUCUUCAUCAAAGAGAGAAAUAUUUACAAUAUGGAUGAAAUCAUUAGUGAUGCAGGGCAAUGGUUGUACCGUAUAUAAUUCCAACGGUCAAGUCGUUUAUCGGAUCGAUAAUUACGAUAAUAAGAAUUGUAAUGAAGUUUAUCUCAUGGAUUUAAAAGGCAAAGUUCUACUCACAAUACUUAGAAAGAAAUUACGGUUAUUCGGACGAUGGGAGGGAUACAAAUCCGGCAACGGUUCAAAAGGGAAACCUUCUUUCCAGGUUAGGAAAAAAUUGAAUUCGAAUAUGGAAGUGAACGACACCGAAGCUAAUCGUUAUCGGAUGGAGAUGUUAAAAGGAAGCAGCAGCAAAUUAGCCUGCAAGAUAAUGGAUGUCCGAACAGGAAGAGUUAUUGCAGAGUUGAAACCAAAACAAUCAAGUGGAGGAGUUUUGUUGGGAGAUGAUGUUAUGGGUUUGGUGGUGGAACCAAAUGUUGAUCAUUCUUUCAUCAUGGGGCUUAUAGUUGUGCAUGGACUAAUUAGUCACAAAAUGUAAACAAAACAAGAUUAAUUUUCACUAACCGGAUUCAUUGUAUUAACCACUAAACAAAAAUUUAAUGACUCAUCUCCUUUA